CACGGUGGGCCCCACAGUGCCUGGGCCACGUCGUGCCACGGGGUUAUCCCUGCUGGUGCUGCAGGCAAUCUGCUUCAUUGUAAAACCCCUCGCCUCUCUCUCUCUCGAGUGAAGAAAAUAAUACUUGAAUCUCUGCAAAUCGUUCAAAAUCAGGGCAUGCUGCUAGGAUUUUCCUUUGGUAGAGUUUGAUGCUGAAGAAGUCACAGUUUGGAUAAUAGAAGAUGCAAAAGGCUUUGGCUUGUGAGAUCACAGAGUAGCUGAUAAUAACUUUCAAAUAAACAGUCUGCUGAACAAAAUGAUGCAAGGAAUUUCAGUCAGCACUUUAGUUACCCCUGGAAACAGUGGCAAUUAUGGAACGGUUGCUCUAUGGAGAAGUGAUCUAAAACUUAUGAAUAAGAUCCACUUGAACCCUGGGAUAGACAGACAAGUUCUGCGAUUUUUCUUAAGAAGUCCAAACAGAUCAUGGCGGAGAAGGUCGAGGGUCGUGGCUGCUUGGCUGUUUCAAGGGAGUGACAAAGGAAUGGAUGCAAAUACUGAACGCAGUGAGAGUGCUAAUGAGGACAUUUUGAUAUUCUUUUUUCAGCUGGACUUGGCGACUCGAGUACAGGUUGCUCUAAAUAUGGAGCAGUAUGAAAUCGCACAGCAAUUGAGGAACAAACUCACCGAGGUUGAAACAGAGAUCAUUAAGCAGCGGGAAGCCAAGAGGGGAUCAACAUCCCCAAAGAGUGAAGCCCAGGAUAAAGCGAUAAGUAUAUUACGUCUACGUGCAGAUAUGCAAAAAGCAAUUGAGGGUGAGAACUAUGCAUUAGCUGCUGAGUUGCGUGAUGAAAUUUCAAAACUUGAGGCAGAGUCUCUGGCUGCAUCGGCAAAAGCUCUGGCUUAUCAAAAUGCACAAUUUGCAUUUCGGUUGGGCCAGAAAGUAAGGCAUAAGAUUUUUGGUUAUCGAGCUGUGAUUUGUGGAAUGGAUCCUGUAUGCUGUGAGUCAAGUUCAUGGAUGGAGAAUGCAAAUGUUGAAAAGCUGCUUCGAGGGCCCAAUCAACCAUUUUAUCAGGUCUUGGUUGAUGUACAUGCAGACCCAAACCUUCUGGUCACCUAUGUUCCUGAAGAGAAUCUACUAGGCGUUGAUCAACCGGAUAUGGAGAGGUUUGACCAUCCUUACAUCUCCUUCUUGUUUUAUGGUAUGGAUGCGGCAGGAGAUUUCAUCCCGAUAAAGCAGCUGCGUGAGAAGUACAACAGGCCCCGGCAUGAAGUGCCUCUAGACCCACAUGAUGAGGAGGAUGGUGAAAAAGACACAUAGAUGUGCAUGGAUCAUCUACCACCGUCCAUCAUGUAGCCCCUCACAUGGGUGGGCCGUUUCUAAAGAAUGCACCAGUUGGAUAAUCCAAUCUCCUUGUCUCUUACAAUUGAUCUUACCAUGUAUGGAACCCCGAUGACACUUUGGACA